UGUUGUGAAAGACUAUUGUUGAAGCUGUCUUGUGGCUUGUGUCUUGUGGAAGAUUCGGUUAUACGAUACGCAUUUUGAUGGGAAUAUAUAUAUCUUUCAAAUUCAUGAAAAAGUUAUAUGCAUUGUGUUCUUUAACUAGGCUUGUGAUAUUUUUGUAAAGUUCGAAGAGAAGUGAAACAAGCUCAAGAUGGCACGUAGAAAAGUAUUAUUUGCUGUAAAUGCAGCAUUUCUGAAUGCUGUGACUGUAGGUAUAGCUUCAACGUAUUCUUCAGCAGCAAUAGAAAGCAUGAAAUCUAGCUACCUCAAACCUGAUGUUACAGAAGUUUCGUGGAUUGGAAGCUCUCUUCCUUUAGGUGCCAUCAUUGGUGGGAUAAUAGCUGGAUAUUUUUCUGACAAAAUUGGCAGAAAAGGAGUUUUGAUGUACAUGUCUACUCUGUUAUUAGCAGGAUGGUUGCUUAUAGCAUAUGCCACAUCAUUACCAUUUGUAUAUGCUGGAAGAAGUCUAACUGGAAUAUGCUGUGGUCUGAUUUGUGUUGUUACUCCUAUGUAUAUUGUAGAAUUAUCACCGCCAGCAAUUAGAGGUAAACUGGGCUCCAUGUUCCAGUUGUAUAUCUGCAUUGGAAUAAUUAUUUCUGCUACAUUUGGUUAUUUCUUGCCUUGGGAAUGGGUAGCUGUGGCUGGAGCAGCUUUUGCAGUUCUAGCACCAGUUUCUCUCCUUCCUAUGCCUGAAUCUCCUAGAUGGCUUUACAUGAGUGGAAAGCACUCAGAAGCUGUUCAAGCAGUGAAAUUUCUGUAUGGAGAUUCAACUGAUGCUUCUCUUGAAUUAAUUACUGAGAAUUACAAUACACCGUCCAAGAGUGAACUUUCAUUUCGAGAAAUAUUUCAACCAACGGUAUACAAGCCGACAUUGCUUUCAAUAGCCCUCAUGUUCUUCCAGCAAUUUUCUGGGUCAAAUGCUGUAUUGUAUUACACUGUUUCCAUAUUCAAACAAGCUAAUAGUUCAGUGGAACCAAGUAUGGGGAAUAUAUUUGUGGCAAUAAUUAUGUUCUUUUUUACUCUUUUGAGCAGCUGCAUAAUGGACUCAGUGGGAAGAAAGAAAUGUAUUUUUGUAUCAAGUUUAUUAAUGUGCUUAUCCUUGAAUGCAUUCAGUACAUAUCUAUAUCUUUCUAACCAGAAUCCUGUAUUGAAAGAAACAUUAGGUUGGAUUCCUCUUUUGUGUCUUUUGGUCUACAUUGCAUCUUUUUCUAUUGGUCUUGGACCUAUCCCUUGGUUAAUGAUGCCUGAAAUGUCUCCUUUACAUGCACGAGGAUUAAUAUGUGGUUUGGGUACUGCAUUUUCUUGGAUAUUUGUAUUCAUCAUUACCAAAAGUUUCCUAGAAAUUGAAUCACUGGUAUAUGACUUUGGUGCUUAUUGGAUAUAUUCAUGCUUUUGCUUCAUGUGUUGUUUCUUUAGUAUAUUCCUUUUACCAGAAACUAAGGGUAAAACAUUUGAAGAAAUUGAAAGUCAUUUUGCUGGAGGACAAGCUCGCCUGCAGCGACUGCAAGAAAUUCCAAACAAUCGGUCAACUGAUUUAGAAGGUUAACAAAUAUUUUAUAAGAAUACUGAGAGACAUGUAAGAGACUCUUAUAGACUAAGAGAUGUUAAAAGUAUUUAUGAAAUAUAAUAUCUCUUUUUAUUGAUUAUAUGUAUUUUAUUAGUAAUUUAUUUUAAUUUAGGAGGACAAAAUUCUCCUUAUAUUUAUUUCAACAACUCUCAAUUCUUUAUUCUGCAUUUAUAUUGGGUCAAAUUAAAUGUCAUAUAUUUAUUACAAGGUGUUUAAGUAGAAUGAACUAUUUGUUUAAAUUAAAAUGCAAAUAUCAAAAUAAAUAAUAUUUGUAAAUAACUUUAAGUUAAGUUCAUACAUUACAUAAAAAAUUAAUAUUUGUUUAAAGAAAAUACAGAUCUGUUUACAUUUUACAAAUAGCUGUCAUUUAUUCAUAAAAUAAAUUUAAUGUAAACUUUCUAAAUAACAAAAUAGUUGUUCAAAUUAUAUUCUGGACUAAAUACAAAUUUUAAUGCAAAAAAAAGAAAUCUUGUAUCUGAGGGCUUAAUAUUGAAUUAUAAUUAUGUCACUUUUGUUUUAAUGAUGUAGUUAAAGAAAUAUAGGGAAUAUUUUGUCAAAUUUAAAUUAUUUGAUGUAUGAUGGUACUCAUGUGUUUCAUGAGAAUGUAUUUAUUUGCAUGAAAAAUGUAUAAAAUAAUGUACUGUUAAUAAUGUAUGCUGUUUCUGUUAAGUUCCGCUGGAGGUAUAAAUAUAUGUACCAUAGAACUCCAAUAAUCUGUAAACCUUGGGGCAAUGGACUGUGUGUAUUAUAGGUGAUGUUUUUCUUAGUUUUGUUUACAUUUCCUCCGUUUUAAUUUUUGCUGGACGUAUCGAUUGUUUGCAUUAUCUGAAGCCAUGAAUUAACCUUAUCAUAAUAAUUACAUAAUCAGAAUUAGUAGAAUAUAAAACUGUUAUAUUUUGUAAAUAUAAUUAUUUGCAAAGGAAAUAAUGCUAAUAAAAACGGUGGACACAGUGAAGAAAAAAAGGCUAAAAUGAGUGAAAAAUAUUUUGAAGAAGAAGAAAACUGUUUUAUAAAAAUGCGUCAAGCUUUUUUUGUGUUAAAAGAAUUAAGUACUUUCAUAAUUACCCUGUCAAUUGUGAAACUUUGAUACCAUUGAACCAUAAAAGUUAGCAGAGAUCUCACCGAACUUGCACUAGUCAUUCUAGCAGAAUUCUGAAGGAACUGAUGCUUCAUUAUUUAAUAAACAGUCGGUAUUUGAUGUGCUGUGUUCUUGCAGUUUGUAAAACAUUUUUCUGCCACUACUAAUAUUUAUGUUAAGCCUUUUCAUUUUACCAGAAACUGUGCUUAAAAGUCUAUGAGUACAAACCUCUGUAAGUUUCAGUCUAUCACUGUUUUGUCGGCCAUUUUCUUUCUCCCAUUUAACAUGCAUUAGUUCUUUUAACCAUCUAUAAAUGGACAGCCCAUGAACUGCAUUCUUUUUCAACCUUGUUAAAGUUUUGCACAUUGCAUCAUCAUUGUUUGUACUUUUUCAUAGCAUAUUGUGAUGUGUCCGUUAAGACAUAUUUUUUAAUGGUAGGAUUCCAUAAAUUUGAGAAAAUCUGCGGUACUUUUCCGUUUUGCCGGCGCAAGCGAUAAAGUCGCCAGUAAUGGUACAACCGAUGCCAAACGAAAUAUCCUCGCCGGUAACCUUUUACUUUCACAUUUACAUUUUCAAAAUAAGUCACAAGCCAUUUCUUAUCAGAUUGAUUGUUUCUUUCAAUACUGGCAUACAAUUACAUAGAAAUUUUACCAGAUAGUGAAUUUUAUGCCCUAAGGCCAUUCGCGG